GUCAGAGUAGCUGAGCGUUCAUCCCUGCUGAGACACCUCUGAGAGAUCCAGGAGCAAAGAUGCUUCAGAUUUGGGGCCUCAUUCUCUUCUAUGGCCUGCUCACACAGAGUUCGGCCCAACUUGAAGCCAUCCCUGUGGAUUCUGCUAGUGACCUGAGCACUGCUCUAUCCCUUACCUCACCAGAUCUCCUCUCAGGUUUAUUAGGUGGUCUCACAAAUAGACUUCUCAACUCAAACUUGCUUGAUAUUCUCCACAAUCUCCCCAUCUUGGAUAACCUGAAAACUGUGGGAGUUUCAUCAGGAGGCCUCAUUGGAGGCUUACUACCUAAACUAACCUCGAUAAUUCCAGGGCUGAAGAAUAUAAUUUCGAUCAAUGUCUCCAAUCCUGUCCUCUUGGAACUUGGCCUAGAACAGUCUCCUGAUGGACACCGACUUUUUGUAACAAUCCCUCUUGGAAUGGUCUUGGAAUUGAAAACAUUCCUGACUGAUAAACUUCUUAAGCUGGAUAUUAACCUGAAUAUCAUAGUGGAGCUCAUCGCAGUGAGGGAUAACAAUGGAAAAAUCCACUUGGUGAUUGGGGAUUGUAAGCAUGACCCUGGCAGCUUAAAGAUCACUCUCCUGGAAGGGGUUGCACCAAGCCUAGUGCAAGAACUUGUAGACACAGUGACAAAAACUCUGACUGAACGUCUUCCACAUCUGAUACAGAAAAAGGUGUGCCCUCUGGUUAAUGAGGUCCUCAGCAGUCUGGAUGUUACCUUGGUACAUGACGUGGCUGAAAUAUUAAUUCAUGGACAUUCACUGCAUCUUAAAUUGUAAGCUUUCUCAAAAGAGAUGAACCUUUCCUUCAAAUGGGACCCCCAACAGAAGAGACAUGGGUUUCUGUGUUGGAGUUGACACUAGAUGAGAUGAAACACAUUCGAUUCACUGAGGUCCAUGAGGUUCCUCUUCCCUGCAUUUGGAUCCACUCUCCACAUCUGAAGUUUCUUUCUGGGCAUCCUAUUCUUUCUCCUGGGUUUUUCUUGUAAUAAACUUUUCCCUAU